AUGGCCGGGCCGCGGGCGCCGCCGGUCACGCAGCAGGUCGGGCGGGCGCGGGGCGUGGGGCGGCGGGAGCCGGCGGGGCUGGGCGAGGCUGCCCGCUGCCUGCUGCUGGACCGGGAGGGCAGGAGCGUCCCCUUCCAGGCGCUGUUCCGGGACCGCAAGGCCAUCGUGCUGUUCGUGCGGAAUUUUUUGUGUUACACCUGUAAAGAAUAUGUAGAAGAUCUGGCAAAAGUCCCCAAGGCAUUUCUACAAGAAGCAAACGUGAGGCUCAUAGUUAUUGGGCAGUCAUCUUAUCAUCACAUCAAGCCCUUUUGCAGUUUAACUGGGUAUACACAUGAAAUGUAUGUAGAUCCACAAAGGGAAAUUUAUAAAACGCUUGGCAUGAAAAGAGGUGAAGGUAGUAACGUAUCAGUGCGGAGCCCUCACGUGAAAUCGAACACACUUCUGGGCAGCAUGAGGAGCAUAUGGAGAGCAAUGACUGGCCCGGCUUUUGAUUUCCAAGGAGACCCUGCUCAGCAGGGAGGAGCUUUGAUUAUAGGCCCAGGCAAUGAAGUUCAUUUUUUGCACCUCGAUAAAAACAGGCUGGAUCAUGUUCCCAUUAAUACAGUUUUGCAGCUGGCAGGAGUUAAACCAGUGAAUUUUUCAAACAAACCCCAGAUAAUUGACAUAUGACGCUGACAUAAUAUAUAAUUUUUUUAAAACUUGUGCUCUACAAGAACAAUUCUCCAGUGAAUUCCAACAAGCAUUGGUAAUGUUGUGUCUUUGUAGGACAUCUGACACCUUAUCUAGAAAAUGAGAGCACAGAAUAAACUACCUGGCACUGAAGAUGGACACAAAAGUGCUAUUCCCAUUGAGUACAAGAUAAUAAAAACUAAAGCACAACUGAGGCUGAUUGUAAAAAAUCCUGGAGCUUAUUACUGUCUCAUCAAACAAUCUUGUUAAUAUACUUUUAAAAUCAUUUUUCAAGAUGCACUAAACUAAAAAAUCCUAUUUUGGUCAGAAGAACAUGUCUUCAGCAGAUCAACACUGACUUUCAAUCCAGUACUUCUCAGCACUGUUUUAAAGCUUCCAGCACCGUAUGACAAUCUUGUAUUAAAAUAUUUUUUUAAUAGUCACAGUGUUGAACACGGGGAUUUAGGCUUAUGCCUACUUUUGCAUCUGACAUUAUGCGGUGGCAGACAUUAUGAAAUACUUUUCAUAAUUUUAAAUAAAUAUUUUAAAUACA